AUGAUCGCUGAGCCGUCAAUGCCAGGCCACCGCCGCCCCUCGCCGGGUCUGACGCUCAACUUGAACUCCAACAACCCCUUCCGCAACCGCGCUGCGUCGCCCGCCAUCCCUUCGCCCGCCCUGCACACGCCCUCGAGCGCCGGCAGCCGGCCAAUGUCGCGCAACCCCUUCCUGCAGACCUUCGAGGCCGAGUUCAACAAAGAGGCGCAAUUAAUCGACAUGUCGGCCACCGUGAAGGAGUCCCCCAAGAAGGCCACUUUCGGCAACACUGCUGAAGAGCUCUUUGUACGUCCAUGUCCCCUGCCGCCGAUGCGCGCCAUGGAGCGCUUCAAGCGUUUUGCGAGCCUGUUUGCUGACUAUCCCUCUCUCCGACAGAACAAUCUCACGCUCGAUGAAGGCGACAAGAAGCGAGCGCCCCAAGCAGGGCCGCCCCAGCGAAGCGGCACCCUACAGCCCCAGGGCCACCGUCCGUCACGCUCGGAUGAAGACAGAGAAAGGCGUCUACGUGGUCCUUCCCGCGGGCCUCCCCGUCCGCACGGCGCGCCAAGUUCGCGGCCACCACCGCCGCGAGGCAGCCCCGAGAGAAGGGAGGCCAGGCGGCCACGACGAAACUCCGAGUCUUCCAUGAUCGACAAGGGCUCGCUGGAUCCGAAUGAAGAGCGCAGGCGCCGAGAGCGACGCAAGGAGAGGGACGAGCGUGCCCGGAAUGGCAAAUCUGGCUCGACAAAAGUUAGGAAGCCCCAGGGUCUCGAUAUCAUCGAUAAGCUGGAUGUGAGCGGCAUCUACGGCCCGAGCCUAGUGCAUCACGAUGGCCCGUACGACGCUGUGCGGCCGCACCGGAAUCGCAAGAAGGACGCCCGUGCUCCUAUGCAGGCGUUCCCUAUGGGAUCAGCCAACAACGCGCUCGGCGGCUCAGGACCCGUGAACAGUAAAAUUGACCUGGACCGGAUCCACGGUCGCGGCGCUGAGGGCUUCACAGAUUUUGGUGGCAGCGACCUCAAGGACUGGAAGAAGCGUCCCGAAUUGGGAGAGCGCUCCGUGACGUACGGGCCUAAGGAGCGCGCCGACAUUGUUCACGGCGAAGAGAGUUACGGUCUGGGCACUUCCACUUUCCUCGAGGGCGCACCAGCGUCACGCACGGCCAUCCAGCGGGAAUCAGAGAACCAGAAAGCUCUUGCGGACGGUGGUCUUGGCCGCAAGAAGUCCAUUGCCCAGCGAAUCCGCGGUAUCUCGCAACCACGACGGGAUUUGAGUGAAGGCAGGCCCCGCAUUACGUCCCCUGACAGCCGUUAUGGAUCCGGUCAAAGCCCAAAGGGCCCGUUGACAACUGGAGGCACUUACGCGAGCAACAAAGCCGACGAACAAAAUCCAUUCUUUGAUAACUACGAUGAUGCGUACGAGAAGAAGGGUGCCACUAUCAAGGCCACAGAGUCAGACAGCAAGGAAGGGCCGCUCACAUCGCCAUCAUCGCCUGGAGGCCGCAAUCCUUUGGCUCGAGCUAUGACCGCAGAUAGCCUGGGCUCUCCUGGCGAGGCGAAACCCCAAGGAGGGUUCCUCAACCGCGUCAAGAGCUUGAAGGGCGGACGACGGCCACGACCUGAGCGUCCUGCUUGA